AUGCAUUCGAUUCCAGAUAAUAAAUCAAUAGCGAGCCCGGCUGUCGCCUUAUUGCCUGCCAACAUUCAUCCUGUCCUUGGGGGGAAUCCGAAUGAACAAAUCCAUACACAUUCAACAGUCCCUUGGCGCGCUCAUUUCCUGCGUCGCCUGCCCUGGGACGCGUUUGUCUCCCUCUUCGUCGGCAUCGGCUGCGCUCUCUUCAUGAUCAUCAUUGUUCUCAAGUCAAAUGGCGACCAGAUCGACAAUUGGCCGGUGUCGCCAGGUGUUUACCUCGCCAUCGCCUCAGUAGUUGCUAACAUCGUACUACGCUACACCUUCAAUAAGGGCGUCGAAAUCUCGUGGUGGGUCGCGGCUCUGCGCGAGGAUGGUAAAACUACCGUGGCAGACCUCCACCAUAUCUGGUCGUUCGGCACUAGCCUGCGGUCGGCGCUCCUAGCAGGGCGUAGUUUUAAUCUCGUUGCCCUCGCUGCUGUCCUGCUUGCCCUCGUCCCUGCUAAUGCACCGCUUGCGCAGCGGGCAUCACGCACUGUCAGCCGCCCUAUAGCAUCCAACAUGAACAUCCCUAUCGUGGCGGCCCUAUCUCUUAAUGCCACCUCAGGCACGACUGGCAUGACUACUGGGCGCGCUCACCAGAUCACUUAUAUAACGCCCUCCUUCGCGCCCGUGCUACAGAAUCACCUCCUGUCAGCCCCGAUCCGGCUCAAGAAAUUGCCCUGCCAGGGGACGACAAUAUGCCGUGGUAUCCUGCAAGCGGCUGGGUAUAAGAUGGCAUGUGCUAACGGGACAGAGUUCUUCGACAAGACGCCCCGGAAGCCGGACGAGGUCGCAGAGGAUGGUAACUCGGCUUUCAAUGAGAGCACCGUCUUUAGCACGAACUUUUCCUACAUGAUCUAUGAACCGACCCAGAGGUUGCGUGCCAUAGAGCCCGUCAUGAACCUGACGGCCAAGUUCAAAGAGCAUGGCCGCUGCAAGGGCAACGUGGCGGUUCGUGAAUGCAUAAUGGUGCCUGCAACGCUCGCAUACCGUAUUGUUAUCGCUAACGGCACCAUUGCGCUAGAUCGCGGCUACACGUAUGAGGACGACAGACUGAUCAAAUACGCCGAGAUGAGCGAGAUGCAGUUGCAUGGCGGCAUCUUUCUGGCGCUCCAGGGUAUAUUCUCGGCCAAGGUGACGCUGCGCUGGGCGGGUGCCGUGGGAUACGAUAUGGCAACAACGGGCAUCACUGCCCUACGAUACAGCCGCAGGGCUGAGGAGGACACAGAUGCAGAUUUCUUAUGCCAGAACCGGUGGCUCGAUCCCACCCACGAUAUUCUUAUGACAGCGCGGGAGCUUAUGUUCCGGCUUGCGUUGCAGGGUAAUAACUCGUACGUAGCAGCUCAGUCGGUCCGUGUCUCGCAGGAAGGGACCGAGGUGGUUUACACAUCUGACUUCCUCUUUCUGGGCCUGGCGCUGAUGCUCAUCGGCCUGGCUGCUGUUGCUGUCGUCCCGCUCUUGAUGUACUGGUGGCGUCUCGGGCGGGACGUCUCGCUGUCGCCUAUCGAGAUCGCGAGGGCAUUUAGCGCGCCGGAGCUCGCCGGAUCUGGUUCGAACUUGGAUGCAAGUCGGUUAGUGAAAGAUAUAGGUGACAGAAAGGUUCGGUAUGGUGCUGUCUCUUAUAGGGGCGCGAAUAGUUAUCAGGGCCACGUUUGGUCAGAACUCGCUUUUGCCCAACCUAGAGUGGUUCAAGCUCCGCAAAAGGGAGAGCAGUACUAA